AUGACUGUUCGAGGUCUUCUAGCUUCGCACGGACUCGUCACUCGAGGUGGCCUGGUGCGCACGUUCGCCAACGCUGCCAAAAAGCCCGCGGACCGCUUCGCCGAGUUCAUUGCAUCAGCCGGGGCGCGGCAGGGCGACAUCCGCGGCAUCCAAGCCAAUGCCGUGAACAAGGUUUUUGGCGUCAUGAACGCUCUGGGCGCCAUCGCCUUUGCCUACUCCUUCUCCAUCAUCCUGCUGGAGAUCCAGGACACGCUGCGCCAGCCGCCCAAGGCCUCCAAGACCAUGAAGCCCGCCGCAAUGGCGGGCAUCAGCGCGGCCUUUGCCUUCUACUUCACCGUGGCCGUCGUCAACUACUCUGCGUUCGGGAACAACGUCUCCGGCUUCAUCCUCGACGCCUACCCAGGCCCCAAGUGGUUGCUCGUCGUCGGCUACGUGUGCAUCCUGCUGCACAUGGUUUCCGCCUACCAGGUCUUUGGCCAGCCCAUUUUUGACACCAUCGAGUCCCACAUCAAAGCCUUCCACCUGAAGCGCGCCCAGGCCGCCGCCGACGCCGAGGCCCUCGGGAAGGGAGCGGAGGAGCUGCGGCGCAUCUUCCUGCGCCGCAUGUCCCCCGCGGUGUCGGAGCGGCUGAGCCGCCUGUCUGCCACGGCCUCGAUGUACCGCAUGUCCACCGGCUUCGCCAACGAGGCGGUGCCGCUGAACGAAGACCACUACUUCCUCCCCCUCUGGCAGCGCCUGCUGUGCAGGACCCUGUACGUCAUCCUCACCACCGUCGUCGCCAUCGUCAUGCCCUUCUUCACCGACAUGGCUGGGCUGGUGGGUGCCCUCACCUUCUUCCCCCUCUCCAUCUUUCUCCCCAUCCGCUGCUGGCGAGUCCUGUACCAUCCGACCGGCGCCUUCAGUGCCCUGCUCUGGUUCGUGGAGAUCAGCAUGGGCAUUGUGUGUGCAUGCGCCACAGUCGCCUCGGUGCGAGGCAUCAUCCUGAACUGGACCACCUACAAGCUUUUCGCCAGCUAG